AUUUUUUUGACUAGUCACAUGAAUGUCAACAUUUUAUUGCUCAUAGUGGGUGAUUUGAUGAGGUCUCAAUUGAAGGAAGCAGAAUGGUUUAGAAGCAAGUACGUGCCAAGCAUAGAAGAGUAUGAGCAUAAUGGAAUCACAUCAAUGGCCUUGGGACCAAUUCUCUUCCCAGUGAUGUAUCUUGUUGGACCCAAGAUUUCACAAGAUAUCAUUAAAAGUGAUGAAUCGAACAACCUCUUUAAGGUUGUGAGUCUCUAUGGGCGAUACCUCAAUGAUGUCAAUGGCUACCAGAGGGAAAAAGAACAAGGGAAAUUUUUGAACUCAAUAAGCUUGAGGAUGAUUCAUGGAUGUGGGGAAGAAAGUGAAGAAGAGGUGAUAGAGAAGAUGAAGAGAAAGAUUGAGGAGAAGAGAAAGGAGCUGUUGAGAAUAGUGUUGAAGAAAGAAGGAAGCAUGCUUUCAAGAGAAGUGAGAGAUGUGUAUUGGAAAAUGUGCAGAUCACUUCACUUGAUUUACAAGAACGAAGACGUGAUUCAUGCAAAGGAGAUGCCUGAUGAGGUUCUCAACAUUAGAGACAUAGUUCUCAAUGAUCCCAUUAUUUUGGAUUCAUAGAUCACAUGGGAGGAUCUCUUUUGAGGAUGAAAUAGUUCAUUUUGAAUAAGCUUUCAUAACUUUGGACUUAGAUGUUUUUUAGUAUCUUUUUUUUAAUGGAAAAAGUUAUCCAUUUAGCUUGUGGCU